AUGUCCUCAACCCCUUCCACUCAUUCCCCCUCCCCUCAACCCCCUCACAACUUCCCCCUCGCCUCCCCCAGGGCGCAGCGGCUGGGGGAGCAGCUACAGGCGCAGCUGAGGGCAGUGCAGGCGCGGUACCCCCAUCUGAUCCAGGAGGUGCGGGGGCGAGGGCUGCUGGUGGCGGUGCAGGUGGCGGGCGAGGGGCUGCCGGGGGGAGUGACGGCGCUGGACGUGUGUGAGGCGAUGAAGGAGCGCGGCGUGCUGGCCAAGCCCACCCACAACACCAUCAUCCGCCUCGCCCCCCCCCUCACCAUCUCGGAGGAGGAGCUGGGGCGGGCGGCAGCAGCGCUGGAGGCGGUGUUGGGGGAGGACAUGCCGCGCCUUGUGGCGCAGGCUGCUGCUGCCGGCGCCGACAAGAAGACGCACAGCAAGGAGCCCUGCGACCGCUGCGGCCGUGUGCGCUGA